UCAAAUUUUAAAAUUUUACAUUUGCAAGUAAUACAUUAACGAACAAAAAGUAAAUAAAUAAAUUAAGACAUGUAUAAUUUUAUAGGAGGAAACGGUAAAUCUAGUGCAUAGAAAUGGCUUCGCCCAUCAAAUUAAGAAUAGUUUGAUGACGAUUAUGAUGAAUAUGAUGAUUAUCGUUAAUAUAGAAAUUAUGCAAAUAAAGCUGCUUCAGGUACUACAUCUACAGGCCCUGUAAAAAUUAUUAAUAAUUAAUAAACUUCAACUUAGGCAAGACCAAGCUCAGCGUCUUGGAAUACAUAAAAGUCAUAAAACAAUUCUAGCUAGAGUGGCAGUGGAGGCCACACUGGUGCUAUUACUAGAUCUAAAGUAUUUGAUAUGGGUAUAUUUCCUAAAAGAUUAGCUCUUAGUUAUUAAGUACCUACAAUAAUUAUUGAAUAUUUAGUUCCGAAAACAGGAAAGUUAUAUCAUCAUAAAAUAAAAAUAAGAGAAUUAAAAGCAGAUAGCAACAAAGAAAAGGUACUUAAGUAAAUAAAAAGAAGACAUGAAAUAUAUUUAAUAAAAAUUCCAGAUAGAUAGCUCUUAGGAUUGAUAGAAAUACUCUAAGAAAAUAUCUUGGUUUAGUAAUAAGAUCAAGAAAGAGAGCCUGAAAAACCUGUUGAAAAAAGCUCAAAUAAAGAAUAAAAAAGUGAUAAAAAAGCAAAUGAAAGUAUAAUUAAUCCUUUUAGCAAGAAAUAAAAUAUUACAGAUAGUUAAAUUUCAGUGGAAGAAAAGGAAUUAUUUGGUAAAUUAAAGAAUCAAUUUGAAGGCGAAGAGGAUUCCUAAGAUGAAUAGUAUAGUAGUUAAGAUUAGGUACAAAAUUAAAAGAAAAAAGAAGGCAAUUCAGGAUAGAAAUAAACCAAAAAUCACUGCGAAGAAGAGGAUGAAGAAGAAGGAGAAGAAAAUGAAAAUAAUGAUUAAAAGAAAAAAAAUUCUGACGAUAUAGAUGAUUAUGAUUAUGAUUUUGAUGAAUAUACUGAAAACGAUAAUUCAAAUAAUAUAUCAAAACCCUUCUCUUAAGAUACUUCUUAAAUUUCUAACGGUGUAUAUGAUAUUAAAGUAGCACAGAAACAAUUGCAAAUUGAUGCUUAAAAGGAAAUCUUAGAUUCAAAGCUAAAUAAAGAGCACAUUCAUUCAAAAGUUGUUAAAAAAUAAGCUAAAGUUGAUUAUGAUGAUGAAAUUGAUUUUUCUGAUUAAGAAAAUGAAGUAUAAUCAGACAACUAAAUAAAAGCAAAUAAAAAUGAAUUGGAAGAAAGUGAUGGAUAAAGAGAUUUCGAUGUUGAUUCUAAUGCAAUUUAUUAGCAUUAGUUCGCUAAAAAUAACUAUUCUCAUAAAGUUCAUACUUAAGAAGAGUCUUAGUAUACAGAUGAAUAAGAAGAAGAAAAUUUUGAAGAAGAAGAAGAAUAAGAAAACUUUGGUGAUGAAGAAGAUGAAGAAGAAUAAGGAUAAUAUGAGGAUAAAAACAACUAAAACGAGUCAGAUUAAGAAUAGGAAAAUUAAAAUGACGAUUAAGAUGAUGAAUUUGAGCUUGAUGAUAUUGAAAAACUACACAUAGAUGAAAAAAAAUCAGAUAAAAAGGAAUUAAUGAAUAACACACAAAAGAAUAACUUUUUGUAAAGUGAAGAUAAAACUACAAAGUAAUUAUAAAGUGAUAAAUCUGAUGAGAAAGAAAAGAAAAAGUUAAUUGACGAAUCAAACAAUAAGGAAUAAGUUAAAUUCGAAUAAACACUUUCCUCUAAAAAGCCAGAAAUGUAAAUGAAAUAAAAUUAGCCUAAUUUAAUUUAUGGAAAAUUUGUACCAAAAACUAAUAAUUAUGUUGAUGCAGAUGAAGGAAUAGACUUAGACGAUGAAGAUGAUGAUUUUUAGAUGGAUUUUGUAAAUUAAAAGAAUAAAGAUGAAGAAUAAGAAGAAGAAGAUUAUGAAGAUGAUGAAGAGGAUUUAUAUUAAUAAGUAAAAAAGAAAUUAGGUAACUUGUAACAAAAAGAAACUACUAAUUAAGGAUCUGAUUACAAGAAUAAUUUAUAAUAAAAAAAAUAUGAAAUUGCUUACUAUUAACAGAAGUAACAAUAAUAAUAGUAACAGCAAAAUAAAUAGUAAUCAAAACCUGAACAAGAUGAAGAUGAAGAAGAUUAUAACAGCAAUGACAAUCAUGAUAAUUUUGGGGAUGAAAAUGGCGAGGAUGGAGAAGAAGAAGAUGAUUAUGGUAUUGAUGGAGAGGAAGAUUAUGGUGAUGAAGGAGAGUACGAUGAAAAUGAUUAUGAAAUUGAUGAUAUAGACAUUGAAGAUUAAUACUAAGUUUAAUAAGCAAAUUAAAAGUAUAGUAUUUCUGGAUAAACAUAUUAAAAGAAUAAUAAUCAAAAAUCUAAUAUGUAGGAUUAAAAAAAUCUUUUUGAUUAAUUAGAAAAUGAAUUGGAGGAAAAUUUAGAUAAUUUGAUUGAUUAUGAUGAAUAUGACCUAAAUAAGCUUAGCAAAUCUGAGUUAGAUAAAGUUAAAUAAAAAAUGGAUUAAAAGUUUGAAUAAAAUAGAAAAAAACCAGGUGAUAAAGAUUUUGUUUAUGAUGUUAGAGAAAGUUUUGAUGCAAAUGAAAGUAAUUAAUGGGACGUAAGCUAAAGCCAAGAUAAGCAUUAAAUGGAGUAAGUUGUAGAUUAUGAUAUUGUAUGA